GUUUAAAGGUGUUACAAGUCAGGCUACCUCUAGGUCACAUGGAAUAGGUUGGCGGAUUGCUGGAAGUAUUCUAUGGGUGCAAGAGAUUGUCGUGUUUUUUUCAUAUGGUGUGUCGUGUCGUAGUAUAUCAACCUGUGUCUAUCUCCGCCUAUGUCACAUUCUUUCGAUGCAAUAGAAGGUCGAUAUCAAUCUUUUACGUCCGAACCAUGUGUGCUGGAGAAGCAGAUACAAAUGAAUCAAUUUGGCGUCGGUAACGCUGCCAUCCGCUUAUCUUUCCUUGAAUACUACUGCAAAAAUGAGACUCCUCAUUUUCAAACAGACACAAGUAUCGAUGGCAGCAUAUUUUGCAUUAACAUAGGAAAUGAAAUACGCAUAUAUACACAGGAUCACGCGCAUUCUUCGAACGAGCGCAGAUUCUGUGGUGGUUCUCCAGCCCAUAUUAGAUUCAGAGCACCUUUAACAUCACAUUGCUUUAGACGUGCCACAGACAAAGUAAGAGACUCUCAGUUAUUGAUUGGAUUGGCCAAUGGUGAAAUAAAGUUGAUUGAUCCUCUCAAAGAAGACCCAAACAAAGUUUUCAAUGAAGGGAAGUCUGUCGAUGAAACUCCCGUAACUUGUGUCAGCUGGGUUCCUCAUUCACCUCACCAGUUCUUAGUCAGUCAUUCCAGUGGGUGUAUGUAUUUGUACGAUGAAACACUUGCACAGCUGUCAGCUCCAACAUAUAACCUAUUUAAACAAGGUAUUGGGUUUUCAGUACAUACUUGUAAGACGAAAUCUACAAGAAACCCAUUGUAUCGAUGGUCUUUGGGAAGUCCUAACACAUCAAAGUUGGAUAACACGAAACCACUGUCGAAAAAUUCUGACCACGUUAAUGGAUUCGUUGCCAACAAAAUAUGUGAGACGCAAGCCGAUCCGUUAAGUUGCGACUCAUCAGCUAUUAGCUCAUUGUUCGAUGAUAAUAAUGUUUCCAUCAAUCAGUUUGCAUUUUCCCCUUGUGGCCGUUUCCUUGCCAUCAUUACAGAAGAUGGUUACAUGAGGGUGAUGGAGUAUCAUGAGAUGGAGCUAUAUGGGUUCAUGCGUUCAUACUUUGGUGGUUUACUUUGUGUAGACUGGUCUCCAGAUAGUUUAUUUAUUGUCACUGGGGGACAAGAUGACCUAGUAACGAUUUGGUCAGUUCUAGACAGAGCUGUUAUUUGUCGCUGUCAGGGCCACAAAUCUUGGGUUAGCAUGGUGCGCUUCGAUCCAUAUCUAUGCCCCACUAAUAGUGGUAUUUCCAAUGAUGACUCAUUAUCUGCCUCCUCACGUUCCCACUCACUUUCAACGAACCAUGAAGAGUUGGACGAAAGUUCAGUUAUUAGAAAUUCACCUGUUACAGUUUGUGAAAGUAAUGACCUUAGAACUUACCGUCUUGGCUCAGUUGGGCAUGACACCAUGUUGUGUUUAUGGGAUCUGACAGAUGAUAUAAUUCGUCAAGGAGUUGCAUUUAUUCGUUCAGCAAUAAAAAAUUCAGACAACAGCUUCGGGAAUCUUACCUGUGAUACUACUUUUCCUCAUAUAACAAACUCUUCUGUUUUGAAUAUGACGUCUAGUUCUGUUUUAAGCUGCAAUACAUCUACAGCUUUACCAUCUCCACAGUCAGGAAAUGGCUCAUCUACUUCUUCAACUGUUUGUUCUCCACAUAUUCACUCCACCCGACCUCCAGUCAAAUUGAAUGAUAGCCGUUUCUUGAAUAAACGCAAGAAUGUUGCCAGUCCCAUAUCUUCAUCUGGUCCUUCGUCGAACGGGACAAACAGUAGCGGAUCCGAUAAAUCAAAAUCCAUUUUCCCACUUCGUGGUUUCCACUGGUCGAAUUCAAAUUCAAGUAAUCGAAUUAGUACAAGUGUUCGGUUUCCUCGUCUUGGUAAUUCAGAAAAGUUUAAUGGAUCUGCAACUAAUUCACUGAAAGCUUGUAACCUGAGUCGUUUAAGUGAAGUUAGAUGGAUGUUAUCAAUAGCUGAACAUAAUAUUUUCGGUUCUCCGCUGUGCCCUCGAAUCAGUGAUGUACCUAUACUUGAACCACUUGUAUGUACACGAAUCUUAAAGGAUCGAGUAACUGAUCUUGUCUUUCGUCGUGAUACGAUUCAUAUUGUAGAUCAGCAAGGCUUGUUUUUGGCAUGGCAAAGACCUGUUGAAGUGAAAGAAAAUACAUCGAUUAAUCAAAUACCAUUAUGUCAUUCAAAUGAUUGGGAUUCAUCUGCCUCAACAUCUAAUAAAGUUUUUCAAUAAUAAAUAAACUUAAAUUGAGUUAUCAUUUAUUGUGUUAUACUGUGAUAUUUGUAUUACCAAUACACACACACACACAAAUAUAGGCCAUAAAAUGAUCUUUAUGAUUAUUAGACAUACAUAUUUUUUCCACUACCAAUCAUUCAAUCCAGAAAAGAAGAAAAAAGAAAAUUCUUCCCUGUUAAUGAAACCCAAUUCAUAUUAUUUUCAUUUCUUCUCGUUAAUAUGGAAAAGGGGAUUAAUGUGAUUAUAUUCAUAAUAGUCAAUUGUUUGUGAACAAAAUUAACUAUUUUUGCAUGUGUGUAAAUUAUGAAUACGAAAAAUUCCACUGGUAUUAUGUAUAAUUAAGAGUAAAAUGAACAAAGAGAAAAACUUACGCAUAAAUUGUAUGAUUAUCUUUCAUAUCCGGUAUUUCCAUUCCUCAUCAUAGUAUAUAAACUACAGUUCGUACUAUUUAUUUGUUCAUCUUAUCCUCAAUUAUCUGGAAAAUGUUGUAUGUACACGUA